AUGUCGACAGUCACGGUCGAACAUCCCUCAAUAGGACCAGUCAAGGGCCUUGUGCGCGAUGAGGUGUAUCAAUUCCUAGGGGUUCAAUAUGCAACGCUCACGGACAGGCUUGCUGAAGCUCAAGUUAAGUCGACAUAUGAAACUCCAAUCGAUGCCACAGCUCAUGGGCCCUCUUCAUACUCUCCCGCAGAUGGAUAUGACAACGAGAUGCUAUUUAUUCAGCACUCAAUGCCCAAGCCAAAUAUCGUCCACUCGGACUUGGAAUGCUUGAAUUUGAACAUCACAGUGCCGAAAGGCCAGGGCGACGUCAACCUUACAAAGCAAAAGCUCCCCGUGUUCAUCUGGAUGCACGGAGGUGGUUUCGUUGUCGGAGCGAAUUCCUGGCCGCAUUAUGACCACGCCAAACUCAUCCAGCUUGCCGGUGCCAAUGGAGUCCCCGUUAUCGGUGUAGGCAUCAACUUUCGCCUAGGACUGCCAGGCAUGUUGACCUCAGAGGAAUUGCGCCAAAAAGGAUACAAAUCUAACAACGGACUACGCGACCAGCGCGCGGCAUUCCGCUGGGUGAAACAGCAUAUUGCUGGAUUUGGUGGCGAUCCAGAUAACAUCACUGUGAUCGGUGAGAGCGCUGGAGCAGUUGCCACCACGCUGCACCUGUAUUCAAAAGAGCCGCUCUUCAACCGAGCAAUCGCGACGGGCGGUUCUUGCCUCCUGGUCCCUCCGUUCGCUCUUGAGGAUCAGGAACGCACGUAUCAACAGGUUCUGUCCAUCCUGGGCCUCGAAAAGCUCGAUGCCGAACAGCGGAUCCAACAACUUCUAACACUACCAAUGGACGAAAUCAUAGCCAAACUGCCACCAUAUGUCGCAUUCUUGCCCACGGUCGAUGGAGACAUCGUUCCUGUACGGCCCACUUUUGCAAGCAUAGCCAACAAGUCGGAUCAAAGCAUGGCGGGCAAGCAGUGGGCUGAAGCCUUGAUGAUUGGACACAGCCAAUUUGAUGCAUCCGUCCUUGGAUUCAUGCUAGGACACCUCAAGUCCGGCAUCAGCGAGAAGUUCCCCGCAUCAGUGAGAUCCUCUCUGUCGGCAACACUAGACCUCGCAGAACAUCUACUCGACUCGUACGGUUUCAACGACUCGACGAUGGAUGACGACACCGCAUUCGUCAAAUUCCUCGAGCUGGUGAACGACAUCAGUUUCUUCGGCGCGACCACCUCCUUUGCUCGAGGCUGGCCCCUUUCGUUGGGCGCUCAGCCAAAAUUCUUCACGUUUUUCUUCAACGAACCGAACCCGUGGCCGGGUGCUUACCAGGGUCGAGCAACCCACGUACUCGAUGUUGUGUUCUUGUUCCAGAACCACAACCAGAACUUGCCGCUCGCGCAAAGAGCCGCUGCUGAGGCGUUCGGGCUGGACCUGGUCAAGUUCGUCGCCGGGCAGAAGCCCUGGCCAGGGUACACGCCUGAGAAGAGGGCUGCGAAGAUAUUUGGGCCGUCGCAGGGAGACGAAGGUAAAGCGAAUGCCAGGGUUAUUGAUGACGCGGAAUCUUUGGAGACGGGGAGAGGCAAGGCGAUCCUGGAGAUUGGAGACAAGGUCGGGUUUGAUAAGUUGAAUGAGGCAAUUGGGAGGUUCAGAAUGGGUCUUUGA